AUGGUAGCUCUGGGAAAGGUUAGAACCAAAGAUAGGCUGCGGAUAGCUGGUAUUUGUAAUGAUGAUCAUUGUCUGCUGUGUGUGACUGGAACUGAUGCUUGUACUCACUUAUUUUUUCGCUGCUCAUUUAGUAGGAAUGUUUGUUUAGGCAUUUUGGAUUGGUUGAAGAUUAGGAGCAGCCCUGAUGAAUAUGUGUAUGUCUCUUGGAGGAAAUGGGGUAGAAAAUACAAGAGCAGGAGAAUGCAACAGGUAUGCUAUUGUGCAUUGGCAGCUACUGUCUAUUAUGUUUGGAAAGCUCGGAAUAUUUCACUAUGGCAGCAAAGUGUCCCAAGAAUAGAAGUGUGGGUGAGGGAGAUAAAAAGUGUUGUUUAUAGGAGAAUCAAAGCUAUAGUGAACAGUAAGUGGAGUGCUCAUGAACUAGCAUGGCUUAGUGAGUUAGCACAGAAUAUUAAUUAG